AUGAAUAUGAUAGAGACUGUACAGGAACGACACCGUGGCCAGUAUGACUUUGGCGCAUACUAUGAUAAUUUGUGCGCUAUACAAAACACCUGUCCUGUGCCCGCAAUCAAGGCUAAUUUAAGAAAGUCAAUUUUGGAUUGCAAAGCAGAUAGAAUUCGACUAAUUGAUUGGCCUCCGCUAAUUGAAGCGUUAAGAAUUAACAAAUCUUUGCGAGCUGUAAUUUUUAAAUGUUGCCGAACAAAACAUAAAACGCAAGAGACAUGUGCAACUCGAGCGAAAAUACUUCCUAUACAGUCUCGAGAAAUCAUCACGAAAUUAUGCAGAGCACUCAGAGAUUGCAUAUUGGUAACGGACUGUUUAAACUCCUUGGAAUUGCAUGGAAUCCGUUUGAUGUUUCGAGAAAUUGAAACAUUAUCCAAGGCCUUACCAAAAAAUAAAACAUUACAACGUAUUUCCUUAGAGAAUUGUCAAAUAAAAGAUCAAGGAUUAGAAACUUUAUGUACAGGGUUAAAGAAUUCUGUUUCUAUUACAUCUUUAAAUGUUUCGGGCUGCCAUCUAACAUCCAAGGGAGCAGAGACUCUUGCGAAACUCAUUUUGCAUCAAGCAACUGCGCGCUAUGCAGAGACGUGGAAAGAAAGCUUGAGAUAUCGUUGGCCAGAUCUAGAUCGUAUGCCAGGUCUUAGACGGAUUACCGCGUGCAUGAAUCCCUUAUUUGGUGAUGAAGGAGCAUCUUAUUUAGCGGAUGCUCUGAAGGAUGAUCUAUGGCUUAAAGCUUUAGAUCUUCAACAGUGUGGAAUUACCAAUGAAGGCGCCAAAAAAUUCGAACCUGUUCUGCAAAUUAAUAACAGUUUAGUAAUCGUCGAUCUCAGAGCAAAUCAUUUGAUUGAUCGCUCAGUAUUUGAAGCUAUUAUGGAGCAAAUCGCAACAAAUACAAUUCGGCAAGAUUGCAGUGGUUUCGAAUGGCUGAGGCUGGUACAAGCCGGAGAUAUAAAUGAUGUCUCUUCUGCAUCUUCCGCACUGUCAAAGGAUCGUAGAACUUGCAAUGAGAGUGAAAUAUCUACUGACGCUAAAAGAAUCCACAAAUCCACUUCUAAAUUUCAAAAACAAUUCAAAAUAACACCGAACGAAGCAAUCAUUCAAAAUAAUAGUUCAAGCCUUAAAUUUCUCGUGAAAGAUACGGAGGUAGAUGAUCCCCAAAUGACUGGCCUACGAAAAGUCGAGAAAAAAUUAAAUAAAUGUCGAAAGCAGCUUAAAAAAGAAAUCAUCGCAAGAGAAAAAGCUGAAUCAAAACUUCGCGAGAUACACUUUGCACAGAAACCUGACCUAGCCUUUGAUAACGAAAACUUAUUAUCCGACAUUGAAGAUUCGCUAGAGAAAUUCCAUAAAUUCUUGGAUAUACUAAGAGAUAAUGGAUAUGGCAAUUUAUGGUCAGAUGGUAUGCGAAAAGAUCAAACUGUGGUAGCUGACUCUAUCGCUAUCCAAAUGUAA